UCCUCCUUCCAACAAAAUCACCUUCCUCUCCUGCCUAUCUCGAUAGCCUACAGACAUGCCUUGCUACCCCGCCGCGGGGCACCGACGUGAACUUCAACUCACUAACAACCCUCAACCUUCAACACUCCCACCUCUCUCUCCCCUCAUCCUUUCCAUUCCACUUCAAAUCACUCCCAACCAUCUCAAUUGCAUCUGACCUCGCCAUGGCCGACCUCAACCUCCAAGAAAUCCACGACUUCAUGGUCAAAGUGGCAAAAGAAGCCGCCGACACAAUUACCAGCGCAAGACCCACCACCGACGCCGCCGGCAACAAGAAGAAUUCCGUCGACCUCGUCACUGAAACCGACCAAGCCGUCGAAGCGCAAAUCUCCUCGCAGCUCUCAAAAGCAUACCCAACAUUCUCCUUCAUGGGCGAGGAAACACACAAGCCGGGGGACGCUUUGACAACCUCACCGACAUUCAUCCUCGAUCCCAUCGACGGCACCACAAACUUUGUCCACCGCGCCUCCACUGUCGCCAUCUCGCUCGGCCUAGCCGUGGACCGCGUCCCUACCAUAGGCGUCAUCUACAACCCUUUCACGCGCAUGCUGUACACGGGGAUCAAAGGGCAAGGGAGCUAUGUUGAAUCUGCGCUCGCGCCGGGCGUGAGGGAGAAGCUCCCGCUUACGCCACCGGCUGCGUUUGAAGGGUUGGGAUCGUGUCUUGUGGCCGUGGAAUGGGGCAGCGAUCGCAGGGCGAAUGAUUUCAAGGUGAAAUCGGAAACGUUUACGAGGUUGGCGGCUGAUAGUGCGGUGGGCGGUGCGUUUGUGCACGGGUUGAGGAGUUAUGGGUCUGCGGCGUUGAAUCUGUGCGAGGUCGCCAAGGGGAGUGUCGAUGUGUAUUGGGAGGCCGGGUGCUGGGCGUGGGAUGUCUGUGCCGGGUGGGUAAUUCUGGGCGAGGCUGGUGGAAAGGUCGUUGAUGCUAACCCGGGGAAUUGGAAGCCCAAGGUGGAGGGGAGGCGGUAUUUGGCGGUCAGGGCUGGAGAAGGGCAGGAUGGGAUUGUGGAAGAAUUUUGGGGGCAUGUCCAGGGGAGGUUUGAGGUUGAUGAGAACUCGACUUCGUGA